AUGGCAGUCCCUUACACUCAAGGGACUCUGGUCUGGAUGCCUGACGGCACCGGCGGCUGGCGAACCGGUACAGUUACCUCCUCGACCAUCUCAUCAAGUGAUCCACCCGUGGCCUAUAUAACCAUAUCCUCUGACUCGGACCCCGACGUCACGACUACUAUACAAACGCCUCUUUCUGCUUUACAAAACGCCAACGCCGAUCGCACACAAGCGGAUUUUCAGCAGUCCUCCGACCUCCCACCUCUGAGGAAUCCACCAGCUUUGGAGAUGGUAGAGGAUUUAGCAGCUCUGAGUAAUCUCAACGAGCCUUCUGUCCUUCACGCGAUCGCUACCCGAUACCUACAACACAUGCCAUACACGUAUUCGGGUAUAGUUCUUCUUUCCGUCAACCCUUUCACGCCUUUAAACAUAUAUGACGGGACUUUCAUCAACCUCUACUUGGGACAGAAAAAGGAAGAGCAAGAUCCUCACGUGUUUGCCAUUGCUGAAGAGGCUCUGAACGACAUGAGAAGAGGAACCGGCGAGGGCGGAGUCGAUCUCUCUGGCGCUGGAGAUCAAACCGUCAUUGUCAGCGGUGAAAGUGGGGCGGGAAAGACCGUGGCGGCAAAAUACAUCAUGCGCUACUUUGCAUCAGCCCAUAUGGGCACAAAUGAUCCACUGCUGCCUCGUAAAAGCGGUCACGGUGAGGAAGGCAUGAGCGAGAUUGAAAAGCAGAUUCUCGCCAGUAAUCCUAUCAUGGAGGCCUUCGGCAAUGCAAAAACCACUAGAAAUGACAAUAGCUCAAGAUUUGGGAAAUACAUCCAGGUCCUAUUCAGCCACGAUCACCAGAUCGUAGGUGCCCGUGUCCGGACGUAUCUCUUGGAGCGUUCGCGCUUGACCUAUCAGCCGCCAUCUGAACGAAAUUACCACGUCUUCUAUCAGCUCAUCGCGGGAGCUCCAGCGAAAGAACGUAAAGAUCUUUCUCUACCCGAUUCACCUUUCAAAUUCGCGUACCUGUCAGGUGGAGGUACUUCAUCAUACCUCAUUCACGGGGUCGACGAUGCUCAAGAGUUCGAUACGACUCAGCGUGCAUUGUCAAUGGUAGGGAUAUCAAUGGAGCGCCAAUGGCACAUAUUCAAGCUUCUCGCUGCCUUGUUGCAUCUCGGCGACGUUAAAAUCUCGCAAUCCAGAUCCGACGCCCAUGUCGUGGAUGAUGAUUCAGCUCUCAUCCUCACGUCAGAUCUAAUGGGACUCCCUCUACCAGACUUCAAGAGGUGGAUUGUGAAGAAACAGCUUAUCACAAGGAACGAAAAGAUCAUCACAAACUUGACAUGCAACCAAGCCAUCGUGGUUAGAGACUCUGUUGCGAAGUUCAUCUAUAGCUGCCUCUUUCAGUGGCUUGUCAGCGUUGUGAAUGCGAGUCUCGCUGGCGAUGUUACCAACGACAUCGGACCCACAAAGAAAUUCAUUGGUGUGCUGGACAUUUACGGAUUCGAGCAUUUUGCCAAGAAUUCCUUCGAGCAAUUUUGCAUCAAUUGGGCCAACGAAAAGCUGCAACAGCAGUUCAAUGCGCAUGUCUUCAAGUUGGAGCAGGAGGAAUACGUCCGAGAAGAAAUUGACUGGACAUUUAUCGAUUUUACCGACAAUCAAGCUUGUAUUGACGUGAUUGAGGGGCGGAUGGGUAUACUUGCGCUACUCGACGAAGAGUCGCGUCUACCGUCCGGGUCUGACCAGUCUUUCGCAAACAAAAUUCAUCACGAGUUCGCCAAAACGGAACAUCAGAAGGUUUUAAAAAAGCCCCGCUUCAACAGCAAUGCUUUCACUGUCGCCCAUUACGCCCACGAUGUCACAUACGAUACUGAAGGCUUCGUUGAAAAAAACCGAGACACGGUCCCAGAUGAGCAUCUUCACCUCUUGCAGAGCUCCACAAACGAGUUUGUGAGGGAAAUGGUGUUCACAGCCACGGAGGCAGCAGUUGGCGGUCAGCAGGCAAAGACUGUUGAAAGCUCGACAGCUAAACGGGGCACGCCUCGCAAACCCACGCUCGGUUCCAUGUUCAAAGCGUCUCUGGUAGAUUUGAUGGCUACCAUCAAUGACACCAAUGUACACUACAUCAGGUGCAUCAAACCCAACGAGAAGAAAGCUGCCUGGGAAUUCGACUCCGCUCAGGUUUUGAGUCAGCUUAGGGCAUGCGGAGUGCUAGAAACCAUCCGAAUCAGUUGUGCGGGCUUUCCAUCUCGAUGGACUUACACUCAAUUUGCUGACAGGUAUCACAUCAUGCUACACACCAACCAGUGGCAUAGCAAAAUGGACGUCAAAGAGCUCUGCCGACUGAUUCUCGAGAAAACUCUUGAAAACGAGGACGAUUACCAGUUGGGACUAUCGAAGAUAUUCUUCCGUUCUGGCAUCCUUGCUUUCUUGGAAUCUCGCCGAGCAGCCACACAGUUUCAGCUGGCGGCCACUCUACAAAAACAUAUUCGCCGAUACCUUGCGCGCAGACAAUAUGCGAAUUGGCGGAAAAGUGCGGUGUCAAUUCAAGCGUGGUGGAGAGGCACUGCUACUCGUAGAGGACUCGAAAUUCAAAAGCAGGAGACAGCUGCUCUACUUCUCCAAACGAUCGUCAGAUGUGCCUUGGCUACCAAUCGAUUGAAGCAUGCUCGUAAAGCCGUGAUAGAUCUGCAAUCUGCUCUGCGGCGAUUCUCGGCGAAGCGGAAAAGGGAACAAAUGCAGGCUGAGAAAUCUGCGGUUUUUGUCCAACGACUAUGUCGCGGAGCGCUCGUGGCAGGACGGUAUCGACAGACUCUCUGUGGUGUGAUUCUUCUACAAUCGCUUUGGCGUCGACGACUUGCCAUACGCGAACUUGCGUCUCUGAAACGAGAGGCAAAGUCGGCCAAAAAAUUCAAGGAGAUCUCUUACCAAUUGGAAAACAAAGUUGUCGAGUUAACGCAAACUCUACAAAAGCGAAACGCAGAGCACAAGGAAAUUUGUGCUCGCUUGAAAGGAUUGGAAGAUGAUCACAAAACUGUCACGCACAAAAACGAGUCACUAUCUGCCCGAAAUCACGCUCUCGAAGAGCAGAUGGCUUCGUUGACCGUCCCCAAGGAACAAUUCGACGAUCUUGCGAAAGAAAAGAAGGAUCUUGAAGUUCGAUUGGAUGAGCUAGUGCUGCGCUCAGGCGCAUUGGAUACACAGCUGCAAGAAGCCACUAGGCAGCUCGAGAGUACAUCCAAGCGCUCUCCAGUUCAGCUGGGUAGCAAAACUGAAGACGCAAAUACAAUUUCGCAGUUGCGCGCCGAACUCAAGCAUGUUCGCGAGCAAUUGUCACGAAACGAUACUUUCAAUGCCUUGACUGGGCGAGCGCAUCCUAACACCUCCACCUCUCCUAGGUCGUUCAAUCUGCGACAGCUGGACAAUGUUUCCUCUGCGCCUUCCUUGCAUGGUAUAUCGGAUCAUCGCCGACGCAACAGACGCCACUCAAUGGUCAGCAAAUUACACGCCGCUACAGAUGGUGACGCAGAGGACAAGCCUCUGGUAAACACCCGUGCCUUAUCAGCCGCCUAUACUCCCGAUGUCAUACAGCGAUCGAGAGAUUCUCAAGGAUUACCUGUGCUCUUUACUCCUGGCAACGUCCACCAGCAUAUUGUCAGGCUUCUCGAGGACCUACCAUCUCUUGAUAACGAGGUGCUACAAGGUCUCAUUUAUCAGCUCAAGAUCCCCAGUCCAAGUCUGCACACGCCAUUGACUGCCAAAGAGAUUCUUUUCCCUGCUCAUCUGAUCAGCCUUAUCACCAACGAAAUGUGGAAAUUGGCUAUGGUUACCGAAUCUGAGACGUUUCUGGCCAAUGUGAUGCAAGCAAUCCAAGAACAUGUGCUAGCAUUCAAGGGUGAAGAUGCUAUAUGCCCCGGUGUCUUUUGGCUUUCCAAUGUACAGGAAAUCCUCUCAUUUGUCUGUAUCGCCGAAGAUGACGCAUCCAAGGGCAUUGCACCUGAAGGAUCGGCUUUGAACGACGACAAACUGAAUUGGGACGAUUACACUCGCCUUAUAGGUGUGGUGAAACAUGAUUUAGACUCUCUAGAGUACAACAUCUAUCACACCCUCAUGCUAGAGAGCAAAAAAAAACUUUCAAAGAUGGUGAUACCCGCAGUCAUCGAGUCGCAAUCCCUCCCCGGCUUCGUCACUUCCGAUGGAUCGGGCCGUAUGCUCUCUCGAAUGCUUGGGGGCAUCAGCGGCGUUGGAGCACCACAGCCGGUCUCUUCGAUGGACGACAUUCUCAACCUUCUCAACAGGGUUUGGAAAUGCUUGAAGAGCUAUUUCAUGGAAGAGAGCGUCAUGCACCAAGUGGUGACUGAGCUACUGAAGCUCAUCGGCCAAAUAUCCUUCAAUGACCUUGUCAUGCGGAGGAAUUUCUCGUCCUGGAAAAGAGCCAUGCAAAUCCAGUACAACAUUACCAGGAUUGAGGGCGACUUUGUAGAGUGGUGCAAGUCACAUGACAUGCCUGAAGGUCUUCUGCAGUUGGAGCAUCUUAUGCAAGCAACAAAACUUCUACAGCUCAAGAAGGCAACUUUGGGAGACAUUGACAUCCUCUUCGACGUCUGCUGGAUCCUCUCACCCACACAGGUCCAGAAACUCAUAAGCCAGUACCAUACGGCAGAUUAUGAAGUUCCACUGAACUCGGAAAUCUUGCGAGCCGUAGCCGCCAGGGUCAAGCCUGAGGAUAAGAGCGACCAACUUCUAUUAGCGCCCGAAGCAGAUGAGGUUGGCCCGUAUCAGCUUCCCCCUCCUAGGGACAUUGUUGGGCUUGAGACGUAUGUCCCAGCCUUCUUGAAUGUCCCUAACAUUCGACAAUUGGCCACUUUCGUAGCGUAG